AUGUCGGCCAGUCGUUGUGCUUCGGGCUCCUGUCGCAGAAUCGGCACUCUUCGUUGUGGUAGUUGCAAGACAACUUACUACUGCAGCACAGGUUGCCAGAAGGCGAACUGGGAGAGGCACAAGCUCACCUGUGAUGGACCAGACGCCUUGUCCCCAUUAAGACCUGGCGUGUUCGACUUUAUGGGACUGCCUCGUGAACUGCGCGACAAGGAGGUUAUCGUCAACAAGCUCUCUCCUUCUGAUCAGGCCAAAUAUAACGAGGCUGCCGCUCAUCAAGGCCAGCCUGAUCUCCGUAACAAUCGUAGAGACUACCUUGAUGUCUUUGAGCGUCGUAUCAUGGUUUCACCUGAGUUCACGCUCACCGUCAUCCGUAACACUCCCAUUUGGGGUUUCAAGCCUCUCGUCCUUGCCCAUGGGCUGUUGCUUGCCAACAAGCAAAUCUCUCAAGAGCUUAAGGAGACCCACUUGUCAAAGAAUACCUUCCUAGCUCUGCUCCAAGACGAUCAUGUUUGCGAUACAUCUCCUCAGGCAUUCCGCAACUACGUCGCUCACUUCACAAAGGCCAAGAACCUAUACAUUGACAUCACCACCAUCAAAUACCAUCCUGGCGAGAACGGUUUCCAAGCAAGCGUCAACACCAUCAAGCGUCAGCUGCUCACCCUUGUCAUUGCUCUUAACCGCACUGGCACUGCUCUCGACUCCUUGACUGUUCGUUACCACUCGUGCUUUAAUGGCGAGAUCGAAGACCUUCGCAUCGAUGCUGAUGGCCUGGCUGCUCAUCCACAAGCCCGUGUCAUCUGGGUUGUCGACCCACGUACCGACAAGAACCACAUAAUCGAACACGCAGAGAUGAAGCAGCUUUACCUUCACAGUAACACCAUCGCCAAAGUCCUCUGUGCUCUGGACGUUCCCAUCUCGAAGUUUCGCAUUCUUGGCGACAUGUCUGGACCUGAUCUCGCCCGCCUGUCACGCAAAUUUGAUUUCACACUCCCUCAGGUCGAUGUGGAGCUCGACAAAUAUGAUCAACGCGUCAACAAGGAUGCAGAGCGGGCUCGUGAAAUGGCUAGGAAGAACCCUAGUACAGCUGGGGCUUGGUUGAACUUUGCCAGGUCUCAGAACCGAAUCUUCAGUACGAGAGUGUCGGUCAGACGUCGCGCAAUUAUGGCCAGUCCACCUUCAUGCGUUCCUGGUGCGGAAGAGGAAGCCCGUCGCCUUAUGGCUAUUGCCCGCUCCAUCUAA